AUGAGCGCCGGUCAGGCCGCGGGGCAGGAGGCGGACGCCGCCGCGUCCCCGGCGCUUCCCAGGGUGCUCUCGGCGCUCUUCUACGGGGCGAGCUCCUUCCUUACCGUGCUGGUCAACAAGGCGCUCCUCAGCGCCUACAGCUUCCCAUCACCAGUGUUUCUUGGAAUUGGACAGAUGGCUGCCACUAUACUUAUCUUGUAUGUGUCAAAACUAAAUAAGAUUGUUCACUUCCCUGAUUUUGAUAAAAGUAUACCUGUGAAGUUGUUUCCUCUGCCUCUGAUUUAUGUUGGAAACCACUUAAGUGGAUUAUCAAGUACCAGCAAACUCAGUUUGCCGAUGUUUACAGUGCUCAGGAAGUUUACCAUUCCACUUACUUUACUGCUGGAAAUCAUCAUACUUGGGAAACGAUACCCACUGAAUAUUAUAGUCAGCGUAUUUACCAUCAUUCUUGGGGCUUUCAUAGCCGCUGGAUCUGAUCUGUCUUUCAAUCUGGAGGGCUACAUUUUUGUGUUGCUGAAUGAUAUCUUCACAGCAGCAAAUGGAGUUUAUACAAAGCAGAAAAUUGAUCCAAAGGAGUUGGGAAAAUAUGGUGUCCUGUUUUACAAUGCUUGCUUCAUGGUGAUUCCAACAGUUAUUAUUAGCUUUUCUACUGGAGACUUUCAGCAGGCAACACAUUUCCAGCACUGGACAAAUUUCUUAUUUGUGUUUCAAUUUAUUCUUUCCUGCUUAUUGGGGUUUCUCUUGAUGUAUUCUACUGUCCUGUGCAGUCAUUACAAUUCUGCGCUCACAACGACAGUAGUUGGUGCCAUCAAGAAUAUAUCCAUUGCUUACAUUGGAAUGUUGAUAGGUGGAGAUUACAUAUUCUCCAUGUUAAAUUUUGUAGGACUAAAUAUUUGUAUGGCAGGAGGACUGAGAUACUCAUUUUUAACAUUAAGAGGAAACAGCAAGCCUGCACAACCUGGGGAUGAAGAAAAUGCACUUCCAGUGUCAAAGAGUUAGGCAAAAUGCCUGCGUUGAGAAGACACAAGUUUGUUUAGCAUUGCCAAGACCUUAAAUAAGUAUAUGCUGGAACAUACUUGGAAGAACAAAAAAAUCUACCUCAGUUGUCACAGAAAUGCACACAAUUCACUUGCUCAGAAAUAUUCUUGCACACCAUGUUUUUGACAUGUAAACUGGUUUGCUUUUAGCUUUUUUUUUUUUUUUAAUCUGGAGGCCAUUUUAUAGGAAGAAAUGCGAUGAGAAAAUCUUAAGUUGUAAAUUUCUGCAUUUACCUGUACUUGGGUGCUAUUUCAACAAGGUCUUUGAGUUCUGUUUCAGUGGCUGCCUGUAGCUUCUUGAGGCAAAACUCCCUGUAAAGAUCAUGAGGCUUCAUUCACCACUAUCUUAUGCCAUAUGCAAUCCUUGAUAUCAGUGAGGAGAUGAAAGAUCCUAGUGGUUCGGAUUGAUUUCUGGCAUGCAUUUGCUCUUGGAUAAAAGAUACAGAACAUAUAGGGCAAAGAGGAUAUUUGCCCCCAAAUUGUUCCCUGUAUAAGUAUCAACUAAAAUAUUCAGGCUAUGUCCAUGUAUGU